AUGGCCCGGGCCGGUCGCGAGCUGCAGUAUGAGAGCCGGUGCCGCCCCUCGCGGUCGGUGGACGCGUGGCGAACCGAGGCGGCGGCUCCUGGGCUCUGCAUGGGGACACCAGGGGCCCGGCGACGCGCACGGCGCGGAGGCUGGGGAUUACCCCUGAGCUCCUCUGCGCUGGCGGCAACAGGGCUGCUGUGCACCGCGUUGACCGCCUGCAUCUGCUGGGGACAGCUGCCACAGCUGCCCUGGGCGUCCCCAGCCCCGCCGCGCCCAGUUAGCGUGCUGCUCUGGUGGGAACCUUUUGCGGGGCGCGGCGGUUACUCCAGGCCUCCCCCUGAUUGCAGCCUGCGCUUCAACAUCAGCGGCUGCCGCUUGCUCACCGACCGCGCGGCCUACGGGGAAGCUCAAGCAGUGCUGUUCCACCACAGGGAUCUGGUGAAGGGACUCCCCGACUGGCCCCCUCCCUGGGGCGCCCAAGUGCGCACGGACCAGACUCUGGAGCUAGGCGUAUUCGACGACCAUGAGGGAGCGGCGAUGCUAGCAGGCGAAGCCAUGGAGACUGCAGGCUCUAGACCUCCAGGUCAGCGCUGGGUGUGGAUGAACUUCGAAUCACCCUCCCAUUCCCCUGGGCUGCGAGGCUUGGCUAAGAACCUUUUCAAUUGGACUUUGUCCUACCGGGCCGAUUCGGAUGUCUUCGUGCCCUACGGCUUCCUCUACCCCAGAAGUCACCCAACUGACCAGCCACCAGGCCUGGCCCCCCCGCUGGCCCGCAAGCGGGGCCUGGUGGCCUGGGUUGUGAGCCACUGGGAUGAACGCCAUGCACGGGUCCGUUAUUACCAUCAGCUGAGCCGGCAUGUGCCUGUGGACGUGUUUGGUCGGGCGGGACCCGGACAGCCAGUGCCAGCUAGCGGACUGCUGCACACUGUGGCCCGCUACAAGUUUUACCUGGCCUUUGAGAACUCGCAGCACGUGGAUUACAUCACUGAGAAGCUGUGGCGGAAUGCCUUCCUGGCCGGGGCCGUGCCAGUGGUGCUAGGUCCUGACCGUGCCAACUAUGAGCGCUUUGUGCCUCGUGGUGCCUUCAUCCACGUGGAUGAUUUCCCUAAUGCUGCCUCCCUGGCAGCCUACCUGCUCUUUCUUGACCGAAACGUGGCUGUCUAUCGCCGCUACUUCCACUGGCGCCGGAGCUAUGCUGUGCACAUUACCUCCUUCUGGGAUGAGCCCUGGUGCCGGACAUGCCAAGCUGUGCAGACCUCUGGGGACCAGCCCAAGAGUAUCCGCAACUUGGCAGGCUGGUUUGAGCGGUGA